UGUCUGGACUCCAGACUGUUGGGAGGAAAAGAGGAAAACUGAGCCACGGCCACGACGGUGGACGCGAGCGUGUCCUGUCUGCGCAUGCGCCCGCUCAGCGGCCUGCUUCUAUUUAUGUGGGGGAUCCAACAUGGCGGCCGCGGCGACCCUGGCGAUGGCGGUGGAGCCCAUCAGAACAUAGUGGCGGGGAAGGGGGCCCGGUGCGCGCUCACGGUGGCGUCGGCAGAGACGACUGAGGGUGGUGGAGGGAAGAAAAGCGACGGGAAGCAAAAGGAAGGGCGGGCAGGCAAGCAACUCGGCGUAGAACCGAGCGCCGGCUCGAGCGAAGGCGGAGGGCCAGAACAGUGGGGAUGGCGGAGCCACGCAGAGUAGCGUUUAUUAGCCUGUCACCGGUGAGGCGGCGCGAGGCCGACUACCCGGGGGCCGACCGCGAGCCCGAGCACCCUCGCGAGCCCCCCCGGCUGGAGCCGGCCCGGGCGGAGCAGCCGGCCCCGCGGGAGGCUGCCCCCCGGGCGGACGCGCAGCCCCCGCCGCGGGAGAAGCCGCUCCCCCAGCGCGAGGUCAGCCGCGCCGAGCCGCCCAUGUCGCUGCAGCGGGAGCCCCCGCGGCCCGAGCCGCCGCCGCCGCCGCCGCCGCUCCCUCAGCUGCACUUGCCGCCGCCCCCGCCGCGGGAGUCGGCUUCGCGGGCCGAGCCGCCGCAGAGGCCGCCGAGGGAGACGGUGCGCCUGGAGCUGGUGCUCAAGGAUCCCACCGACGAGAGCUGCGUGGAGUUCAGUUACCCGGAGCUGCUGCUGUGCGGAGAACAACGGAAGAAGCCCAUUCACACAGAAGACCCAUUUAAUGAUGAACAUCAAGAGAGGCAAGAAGUGGAAAUGUUGGCUAAGAAGUUUGAAAUGAAAUAUGGUGGGAAACCCCGUAAACACCGGAAGGAUCGGCUACAAGAUUUAAUUGAUAUAGGCUUUGGCUAUGAUGAGACAGAUCCAUUUAUUGAUAACUCAGAGGCUUAUGACGAAUUAGUUCCUGCUUCUCUAACAACAAAAUAUGGAGGCUUUUACAUCAACACAGGCACUCUGCAGUUUCGCCAAGCUUCAGAUACUGAAGAAGAAGAUAUUACAGACAACCAAAAGCACAAGCCACCCAAAAUUCCCAAAAUAAAAGAAGAUGAUAUUGAGAUGAAGAAGCGGAAGCGGAAAGAGGAAGGGGAAAAGGAGAAGAAGCCAAGGAAAAAAGUACCCAAACAACUGGGAGUUGUAGCUCUAAAUUCACACAAGUCUGAAAAAAAGAAGAAACGUUACAAAGAUUCUCUUUCUCUGGCUGCCAUGAUACGAAAAUUUCAGAAAGAGAAGGAUGCAUUAAAGAAGGAGCCUAACCCUAAAAUCCCAGUGAACUUAACGACCUCUUCUCUGAAUAAACCCCCAUCCACUGCUGUAGUGUUGGGAAAUGAUGUCUCAGACUUAAAUCUGAACAGUGCUGAUCCGGACCUCCCCAUUUUUGUUGGCACAAAUGAACACGAACUGUUUCAGGAAGCUGAAAAUGCCCUAGAGAUGCUAGAUGAUUUUGACUUUGACAGAUUACUGGAUGCUGCUUCUGAUGGUAGCCCCCUCUCUGAGUCAGGGGGUGAGAAUGGAAACACCACCCAGCCAACCUAUGCCUCUCAGGUUAUGCCCAAGGUGGUGCCUAUACUCCCAGAGGGCCUACCUGUCCUUCUUGAAAAACGCAUUGAAGACCUCCGUGUAGCUGCCAAACUUUUUGAUGAAGAAGGAAGGAAAAAAUUCUUUACACAGGAUAUGAAUAAUAUUCUUCUGGACAUUGAAUUACAGCUACAGGAACUAGGCCCUGUCAUUCGUAGUGGUGUCUACUCCCAUCUUGAAGCUUUUGUGCCAUGCAACAAAGAAACACUGGUAAAACGUCUAAAGAAGUUACAUCUCAACGUCCAGGAUGAUCGUUUAAGAGAGCCUCUGCAAAAACUGAAACUGGCUGUUAGCAACGUCAUGCCUGAACAGCUAUUUAAAUACCAGGAGGACUGCCAAGCUCGUAGUCAAGCUAAGUGUGCCAAGUUGCAAACAGAUGAAGAACGAGAAAAAAAUGGAUCCGAGGAAGACGAUGAUGAGAAACCAGGGAAACGUGUCAUAGGACCAAGAAAGAAAUUCCACUGGAAUGACACCAUCAGAACUUUGUUAUGUAACCUUGUUGAGAUCAAAUUGGGAUGCUAUGAGUUAGAGCCAAAUAAAAGCCAGUCCGCUGAGGAUUAUCUUAAAUCCUUUAUGGAGACAGAGGUGAAACCAUUGUGGCCUAAGGGCUGGAUGCAGGCAAGAAUGCUUUUUAAGGAAAGCCGGAGUGUACAUAAUCAUCUUACUUCUGCUCCGGCAAAGAAAAAGGUGAUUCCUGCACCUAAACCCAAAGUGAAGGAGUGUAGUCCAAAAAAGGACCAGAAAACUCCUGCAUCCCUGGUGGCUUCAGUUGGGGGUCCUUCCGCGAGCUCUAGCACAUCCGCCGUGGCCUCUACCAGCUCCAGCUCUAUGCCAGCGCAGGAGACCAUCUGCCUUGAUGACUCCCUAGAUGAAGACCUUUCUUUCCAUCCACCUGCACUGGAUCUUGUUUCUGAAGCUUUAGCUGUUAUCAACAAUGGGAACAAAGGCCCUCCAGCUGGCUCAAGGAUAAGUAUGCCAACUGCAAAACCUCGUCCAGGACUGAGAGAAGAAAAGUUAGCAAGCAUCAUGAGUAAACUGCCGCUGGCUGCUCCUAAAAAACUAGAUUCUCCUCAGACUGCACAUUCAUCAAGUCUUAUUGCUGGUCACACAGGGCCAGUACCAAAGAAACCCCAGGAUUUAGCUCAUACUGGCAUCUCUUCAGGCCUUAUUGCUGGUUCUUCAAUUCAGAACCCUAAAGUUUCCUUGGAACCUCUGCCAGCCAGGCUGCUUCAACAAGGACUACAGAGGUCGAGUCAGAUCCAUGCUUCUUCCUCUGCACAGACCCACGUGUCCUCUUCUUCCCAAGCCCAAGUUGCUGCCUCCUCUCAUGCUCUGGGGACACCAGAGGCCCAGGAUGCUUCUUCGUUAACACAAGUAACAAAGGUGCACCAGCAUUCAGCUGUCCAACAAAACUAUGUGUCUCCAUUACAAGCUACCAUUAGUAAAUCACAGACCAACCCAGUGGUGAAAUUAAGUAAUAAUCCCCAACUUGCCUGUUCAUCCCCGCUUAUUAAGAACUCGGAUAAGCCACUUAUGUACCGCCUUCCCUUAUCUACUCCCUCACCUGGAAAUGGUUCUCAAGGGUCCCACCCCCUGGUUUCUAGGACAGUACCCAGCACCACUACCUCCAGUAACUAUUUAGCCAAGGCUAUGGUGUCACAGAUGUCCACGCAGGGUUUCAAAUCUCCCUUCUCAAUGGCUGCAUCCCCCAAACUUGCCGCAUCUCCAAAACCUGCCACAUCUCCUAAACCCUUGCCCUCACCUAAGCCUUCUGCCUCCCCCAAGCCCUCUCUGUCAGCUAAGCCUUCGGUAUCAACUAAACUUAUUUCUAAAUCCAACCCCACUCCCAAGCCUCCUGUACCCCCAACCUCUUCCAGUCCAAAUGCACUAGUAGCCCAGAGUAGCCACUCCAGCAGUAACAACCCAGUCCAUAAACAGCCCAGUGGGAUAAACCUCAGCAGACAGUCACCCACCUUGAAUUUGCUGCCCUCUAAUCGCGCUUCAGGCCUUCCAUCCACAAAAAAUCUUCAGGCCCCUUCAAAGCUCACAAAUUCCUCAUCCACUGGAACUGUUGGGAAGAAUAGCUUGAGUGGAAUUGCAGUGAAUGUACCUGCCAGCAGAGGUAGCAACCUUAACUCAAGCGGAGCGAAUAGGACUAGUCUCUCUGGGGGAACAGGAAGUGGAACACAGGGUGCUACUAAACCAUUGUCUACUCCACAUAGACCAUCCUCUGCCUCAGGGUCUUCAGUGGUAACAGCCAGUGUGCAGUCCACAGCAGGAGCAUCAUUAUUGGCUAAUGCCUCACCUCUGACUCUCAUGACAUCACCUUUGUCUGUAACAAAUCAAAAUGUGACUCCUUUUGGGAUGCUGGGUGGCCUUGUUCCAGUGACCAUGCCCUUCCAGUUUCCCUUGGAGCUACUUGGCUUUGGAACGGACACAGCUGGAGUGACAACCACCUCGGGAUCUACCUCAGCCGCUUUCCACCAUAGCCUAACUCAGAAUUUACUAAAGGGUUUACAGCCAGGAGUUCAGCAUGCAGCAACACUUUCCCACUCACCUCUGCCUACACACUUACAGCAAACAUUCAAUGAUGGAGGCCAAAGUAAAGGGGACACUAAAUUACCACGGAAAUCUCAGUGACUUCCCAGCAAGCGAUGGAGAUGAGACACUCAGCUGGCUGAUGGAAUCUACCUGAUGGGAAAGUCCUCAUGUGGUCAUAGGGCUGCUGUUCUGUCGAUGUUUACAUUCUCUCGUCCCAAGCACUGUGGUGAGGAGGAAAAAAGGAAAGAAAACAUGACUUGAGUAAAGCCAGAUGCAGGAGGAAGAAAUGCUUUUGUGCAAAGUUAGUGACCUUUGGUCUCCUCUAAAGAAAGACAAGUUACCAUAUAAACUGACUUGAAAGAGACUCAGUUGUCAAACCCACAGAAGUACAAAUUUGAUUUUUCCCCGGGGAAGGAAGAAGGAAUCUGAGGAUUUGGGUAUAUUCCAUCCAUCCUGGGGGUUGGAUUUGAACACUUGUAGACAUAAUUGCAUAAUAAAAGGCAAUAUAUCUGGAAUUAGGCCAGUUUGUCAGGAGUAACAAUCAUGUCUAUUUGAGUGGACUAUGCAGCAAAUUUGCCACACAAAAAAAUUAAUGACCCUGUGUCUGAUACAGACAGUAGCUGAGUAAAUAUUGUACCCUCACAAGUCCUGAACAAACUUGAAUCUUCUCCAGUGUGUAGCAAUUUCCCAUGUAAAUCAGUGGACUAAAGAUGCUUCAGGAAAGUUAUUUUAGCACAGUGAUAUAUAUUAUUAAAUCAUCGAGAUUUUUAAAAGUCAAGAAAUUGAGCCUGUUGCUCUUAACAGAUGAAACUUCGAUGUCCCCUUUUUGUAAAAGGGUCCAUUUCAUCUUCCAUUCAGAAGCAGGUACCUAACUCUUCUUCAGGUGAUUUGUGCAUCUGGUAUUGAUUGGUUAAUUCUUAUUUCCAUUCUUGAUGUUAAAUGUGGCUGUGUUCACAUUUUUCUCUUCAGAAGUGGGGAUCUUUGACGUAGGGCUGCAACUUUGGUGCUCUUAGCCCUUGCAGGCCUACCACUCUGAACUGUAAAUUUCCCCAGCUUCCCCUUGGUUCACAACUUCUCCUGGUCUUUUAGCUAGUGGUACUUCAGGUGAUUCUUAAUUACUGAUAUAGACAGGUAUAAGUGUGUACUGCACAUGCUUCUACAUUGGUCAUUUAAAUGGCAUAUAUAUAUUUUUGGAAUUUUUAAGAUAGUAUUUUAAAGGGAGGAAUUACAUUAGGAUCAUUAUGUGUACAAGGGAUUAUUUUUUAUAACAAUCACAAUGUAUUUUUACUCCCUGUAUCCAGUGUAGUGAAUUUGAUUUGGAGCAUUUGGGAUCUUAAAGCUUUAUUAAUAUUUACUGAGAAUAUUGAUAUGUGAGUAAACCUGCAGAUAAUAAGACUGCUUAGUUAUUAUUAUAGCUUCCUUAUGCAAAUACAUCUUCAACAAAGGAUGUUAAGGGAGAAAUUUAUGGGUUUUUUUGGAUACAUUUGAUUUGUUUUUGUUUUGCCUCAUCAUUUAUCUUGUCUCUGUCACUCUCUCUUUUUUUUUCUCCCUAUUUAGGCUUCUGAAUGUUUUCAAACUGUACCCAAGAUUGGUGUAAGCUUGAUCCAUUUAUAACAAAAAAAUAACCUAGAAAACAGUGUCAGAUUGGUAGUAGCAAGAUCACAUGUUUUCCUUACAAGUUUAUAAAUUUAUUCAAAUAAGUAUAUUAAAUAAGUGGCCCUUUUUUCCUUUUAUAAGCAAAAGUCCCAAAUAGCCAUUAGGACUGAAUAAGUUACCACAGAUCUGUUCAGAUUUGUAUCACUUGUAUUUUGACUUCAAAGUCACAUUGGCUUGCUUCAUAGCAAAAAGUUAAUAACUAACUGAAAACUUUAGUUCCAAGAACUUGUUACAGUAAGGGGAAAGGAUUAUUUCAGAAGAAUCGAUGUAAUUACUUGCCUCUAAGAAUUUAGUUUAGCAGUAAAACAAAGAAGAAUGUUGUGUCAACCCCAGUAGAUAUUUUGGAAGGAUAUUGGGAUGUUCCCGAGAGAUUUGACUUGAAUUGAAUAUGUUUGAUUAAAGGUUAUUUGGUUUAUUUAAUUAGGGAAACUUACCAAUUCUUGAGUUACUCUAAUGUAGUAUUCCUGUUGCUUUUACCUAAAUUGGAGAAAGUCAUCUUUGCUAAUACUAUACAGGAGUUUUCCUUUGGGAAGCUAGCCUUGGUGUCACUUCCCACACCACGAGUCAGAGUGCGUGUUAAUCUCUCUUCCUGCUAAUAGUUGUGCAUGCAUUCAUCUGUUUGCAGGUAUACACAGAUUUAUUCCUGUAUACAAAUCCAUUACUAGUUUAAGUCAGGGAAUAAUUUCAAUUUCUUAAGUCCAUCAGUUCUGAAUCAUGCCACAUAAAGAUUCCUAAUGAUUCUUUUGUCUCCAUUAGAGAAGAACAGGAUUAUCAAUUCUUCCCCCAAGUAUUAUUUUAUAACUAACUAGUAAAAAUAUCUGAAGGCCCUUGGUCAGAGAAGUCCAUAUAAAUGGAGAUGAUAUUCUCUUCUCUUCUGUCUUGAUUCCAUGAGGACGCCAUAUCCCUCCCUUAGCCCUAUACCACAUUUUCACUAACUUACAUCCGUUUCGAUCAAGACUACGCUUUUAUGUUGUACAAAGGAAACAAGCAUCUUUAUAUUUCUUAAUAGAUAAGUAUGAUCAGCUCCUACAUGUAAAUACAGAACUAUUUCUUUUCUAGAUCAUAACAUUGAAAAUGGUGUCCAUACUUUAUGGGCACCUGUCUUUACAGUUUUUCUUACUAAAUACAAACAUAUAAAUUGGUUAUUUUUUAGCACAGAGACUUGUGACUCAUACUGUAUUUUUGCACUUAAAAAGUCAAAUUAUGUUAUUUUUUAAAAUGGUGAGUAAUUGGAAAGGAUAUAGAGCAAUGUGUAUUUCUGAAGAGCAUUAGCAACAUCCCAAUGCAAAAAUAAUCAGCACACUUAAUUAUGUCCCACUCAGCGGGAUUCUUGAUUCAGGAAAAUUAAGCUGUUUGUUUUCAAUUGUCUUGUAUUUAAAUUGCCUUCAGUGAUGUAUAAGCUGUUACUGUACAUACAAGUUAAUCCUCAGUAUUCACAAGCAAUAACGGUCAGCAGAGUUGUCUUCAGAGACAGCAGUGCUGAGCCUCAGUUGGAGACUGUUUGGGAGCAAAGUGUCAAGCUCAUUCAGAGCCUCCAAAAUCAAUGCAAGCAAUAAUUCCACUAUAACUCAAUUGUAAUUCUUUCUCAUCUGCUUCUGAGAUCAGAGGGUAAAAGAAAUUAUGGUUUAAAAAUAACCUGAAGAAAACUGGGAAAAGGAAGUGAAGUUACUCUGAGGAAAUCAGAGGAUUGUGUUCCUACAUUCUUUUAUGCCUACCACCCCUUUGAUGGAUGGUGUUAGCCCAAAUUAUAUAUAUUUUUUAAUAUCACAGAAGUUGAAUAGGGUUUAUUGCAUCACUGAGGUAGGAGGAAAAAACCGGGCAGAUACAUGUUUGGAUACUGUGGGUUUGACACCUGUCUGAAAACAACUUACUGGAAAAGAUUUUUAACCCAGGAUCUUUUUUUUUUUUUUUUUUUUCUCCCCCAAAGCAGAUCUAAAUUGUUUACUACCCAGGUUUGGAAAGGGCAGGCCCUUCUAGUCUUUCUUCUCCGGUUGCCCUUACCACACCCCUUCCCGCCUCUACUUGGUUCACGACAGUUUCUGAGAUGGAAACUCUACUGUUAUUCAAACUGCCAUUGAUUGUGAGAACUCUCUGUCCCUUGGGACCGUCUCCUAGAACUCCAGUUGUCUAUCAUACUUGCUGCUACACUUGUACAAUGAACUUUGCCUGUAUUGGUCGAUUAUAAUCUGAUUUACAGUUCUUUAUCUCUAGGAGGUUUUGUCAUAUAACUUGACCCAUCCAUGUAUAGACUUAGGAUACUUUAUUUUAGGAGUGUACCAUAAAAGCACACUGGUCCCUGUAUUCUUUUUAUUAUCACGUAGGUUUUGAAUUUGUGUUGGCUUUUUUUGUUGUUGUUGUUGUUGUUGACGUUUUGUUUCUCUUUGUUUUAAAUUAGAAAUAGCAGAAUGAGAAAAAUCUAUAAUCAGGCCAAACUUGAGAACUUUCCCUUGUGCUUCAGCAUUAUAGAUUCUGCUAACCAUAUGUUCUCAAAAGGGGCACUUUUACUUUCUAUUGUGCAUGUAUGAUGGUUUUGUUUUGUUUUUUGCUUUUGUAAUAAUGAAGCAGAAGAAAAAUCCAGUCGUGGGUAAAUGAUGACAAACAUGUUAUGCAAUUUUAUUUUAUAAAAUUGAAGGGGAAAAGUUUAA